CCUGAUAGACCGUUUGUUGUCAUUUGGAAUAAACCGUCUAAUAGAUGUGUUCACAAUUUGUCGGAGUAUGCUAUUCUUGACAAUUCUGGUGGACAAUUUGUUGGAGAUGUCAUUUCUUUAUUUUAUAAAACUGGUGACUUUCCUUCCAUUUCAAAAGGUCAUAUAAAUAAUGGAGGAAUCCCUCAGUUGGGUAACCUAAGUUUACAUUUGUCAAAAUUAUACAAAGAUAUUGUUGAAGCAAUACCAGAUAAAGAUUUCCAAGGUGUAGCAGUGUUUGAUUUUGAAGCCUGGAGACCAUUAUUUGGUGAUAAUUAUGAUUCCUUAAGAAUAUACCAGGAAUUAUCAAUAGAACUGGUUAAAAAACAGCACCCAGAUUGGACCAAUACAACACAAAUCAAACUAGAGGCUAUAAAACAGUUUGAUGACAGUGCAAGAAAUUUUUGGUAUUCAUCUUUAAAGAUGGCUAGAACAUUAAGACCAGGAGGAUAUUGGGGAUACUAUGGUUUUCCUCGAGCAAGAAAGCAAGGCAAUGAUCAAUUAGGAUGGUUGUGGCAGGAGAGUACAGGACUAUAUCCUAGAAUAUACAGUUCAAUAUCAACUCCACCCGAUGCUAGAAGAACAACUAUAACAAGUAUUGUUAAUGAAACUGUACGUGUUAAAGCUAAAUACUCCCCACCAAACACUCCAAUUCUUCCUUACACACUUGUUCAAAAUGGUGGAACUUAUCUUUUUAAUGAGGUUAGAGACGUAGGGUCAUCAGGGGUUGUAAUUUGGGGAAGCAGCCGUGAUUUCCAUACUCCAGGAGAGUGUGCAAUAUUACAAGCAUACGUCAACAAUGUAUUAGGACCAUAUGUUUUGAAGCUCACCAAA